AUGGAAUCUGCCACGUCCACUGAUGGCGCUUCUUCUUCCCGACACAUCCUCCCCACCUCGCAAUCGAUACCAUCCUCUAAACCACCGCCGGUUGACAACCAAAAAACUAGCACAAGUACCACCUUAGCAAUGUUCACCUGCUUUCCUGACCUCCCCACCGAGUUGCGGUUGAUUAUAUGGCGCUAUUCCGCCUGUUUGGACCCAAAGAACAUAGUCCUCGAUGCCAAAUCCGUACUCUACCACUAUACCUCUACAGACGAAUCUAUUCCUACUAGACGCAUGGGAAUCGUGCCGGACUCUGCGAAGAUCUUUGUCUGGUAUAGGGCGACAAGCAACGCUCUCUCACCUCCAGCGCUCCUCCAUGUCUCUAGCGAAGCUCGUACCAUUGCGUUCGAGUUCUAUCGGCCAGAAAAAUCGACUGAGCGUUUUCAAGGCUCCUUCAAUACACCAUAUCGUGGAAGCUACCAGUGUUGCGUAUGGGUAAAUUGGUUUGCAGAUACUCUGCUUUUGGAGAGGAACCGUAGGGCCUCGGGCUUGCUUGCAGCUUCAUACCCCCUCGUAUUAGACCACAUAUCUAAAGUGGCUCGAGAGCUUCCAAAACACUCACUUCAGGUUGCCUUUAGUGGCGCUUUUGCAAACGAUAAAUGGUUGGCAGGUUCUUCGAUCUUGGAGCUCAUCAAGACAGUUAUUAUUUACGGCAAGGAAUUUGAAUACUUCCAAUUUCAAUACUCACCAUGGGAAAGGAAAUUCAUACUAGCACCCUUUUCCGAGGAGCUGGAUGAGCUUGAGGUUCCCAAAACCCUACAGAAGCUCACUCUUUUGGAUGUCACGGGCCAGAAAGGAAAACUUAUUUCUGAGUUUGACCGAUUGCCUGCUGAUGCUAAAGGUGAAACUGUGGGAUCGAAGCUGCGAGAUAUGCAAUUAAUGUUGUUAAAGAUCGAUUGCAGUUAG